AUGUCGAAGCUAAGCCGGGUCACUCGGACCCUCAAGAAGCCCGAGGAUGGCGGUGUGAUCUGGUCCAUCGUGCGAGCAGGCCAAGCUAUUCCUUGGCCUCCACUAGGUCCCAUCUUGGGUCAGCGAGGUGUCUCUAUCAACCAGUUCUGCAAAGAGUUCAACGAGAAGACAAAGGACAUCAAAGAAGGCAUUCCCCUGCCCACAAAAAUUUUUAUAAAGCCUGACAGAACAUUUGAGCUCAAGAUUGGACAGCCUACUAUUUCCUACUUUUUGAAGGAAGCUGCUGGGAUCAAGAAGGGGGCCUGGCAAACAGGGAAAGAGGUGGCAGGGCUGCUGAGUUUGAAGCACAUAUACGAGAUUACCUGUGUCAAAGCUAAGGAUGAUACUUUUGCCAUGCAAAAUGUACCCCUGUCUUCUGUGGUCCGCUCCAUCAUUGGCUCUGCCCGUUCCCUGGGCAUUCGUGUGGUGAAGGACCUCAGUGCAGAAGAACUGGCAGCUUUCCAAAAGGAACGAGCCGUGGUUUUGGCUGCUCAGAAAGAGGCGGAUUUGGCAGCCCAGGCAGAAGCUGCCAAGAAGUGACCCCAACUUUCUG